AUGGCUGCCCUGGCGGAGGAGGUGCUGGACGGUUACAUGUACCCGGCGUGCGUCCCCUACUCGUACCCGUACCCCUACCCGCCGGCCGCCAAGAGCAAGGGCGCGGCGGGCGGGGGCGGCUGGCGGCACAGGGGUGGGGGCUACGCUCCCGCGUCGUCCCCCUCGUCGUCCUCCUCUGCCGGGGCGGCCGCGUCCUCUUUCCCGGGCUGCGGGCAGCUGACGGCCGCCGAGUACUUUGACAGCUACCAGCGGGCGCAGCUCAUGGCCCUCCUGUCGCAGGUGAGCCCGGGCCUGGGCCCGCGGCCCCGCAGGGCCAGCAGCCGGGACGUGGCGGUGCAGGUGAACCCGCGCCGCGACGCCUCGGUUCAGUGCUCGCUGGGGCGGCGCACGCUGCUGCGCAGGGCCCGCGACUCCGGUCCCCUGGCCGGCCCUGGCCUCGAGGGUGCGGGCGGCGGGGGCUCGGCGUCCCCGCAGCCGGCGCGCCGGGGCGCGGAGCAGGGCAGCCCCCCGCGCGGCGCCCCGCGGCCCGUGCGCUUCCCGCGCACCGUCGCCGUGUACUCGCCCGUGGCCUCCCGCCGCCUCACCACCUUCCUGGAAGGGGCAGACAGCGCGGGGGGAGAGCGGAAGCCGGCGCCUCCGAGGCCCCGGGGCCCCGAGGAGGGAGAGGGGUCGGCGAGGAAGGCGCCCCAACGGCCGCGGCCCGAAGAGGAGGAAGGGGACGAAGACGAGGCCCAGGCCGCGGUGCGGACGAGCUGGGAGCCGCCGGUCGCCGGGCCCGGGUUGCCGCCGCGGGAGACCGGGGCAGGUGAGGCGGCCCGGCGGCGCGCGCCCAGGAGUCCGGAGCAGCCCCCGCCGGUGGGGCGGGCCCAGGACGCCGCCGGCGAGAGGUCGUCGCCCCGGAGCCCCGAGCAGGCCAAGGAGCGGCCGCGCUUCCAGUUCUUAGAGCAGAAGUAUGGCUACUAUCACUGCAAGGACUGCAACAUCCGAUGGGAAAGUGCCUACGUGUGGUGUGUGCAGGGCACCAACAAGGUUUACUUCAAGCAGUUUUGCAGAACUUGUCAGAAGUCUUAUAACCCUUACCGAGUAGAGGAUAUCACCUGUCAAAGUUGUAAACAGACUAGAUGCUCCUGCACUGUAAAACUCCGCCACGUUGACCCUAAAAGGCCCCAUCGUCAAGAUUUGUGUGGGAGAUGCAAAGGCAAACGCCUGUCCUGUGACAGCACUUUCAGCUUCAAAUAUAUCAUUUAAAUGAAUGUAAAAAAAAAAAAAACAAUGGUCCUACUUGAAUGUGAGCUAAUGGAGCAGACAAGUUAGCUUUUUUCCUGCUCUAUUCUGCCUCCCUUUCUCAAAAUACUUCAUGAAAGGCUGUAUUUUUGACAGCCUUCAAAUAAAAGUGUUGCAAAAACA